UAUACACCUGGGUAGAGAGGAGCAGAUGUGGGAUAAAUUUCUUGCUCAAGGAAAUUCCAGUGGUCAGAACAUAGAAUAUUUGUUCUGCCUGACCAAACGUGUUGAAUACAACUCUUGCUCUUCUUUGUUUGGUCUUUGUAUUACAGCCUUGUUAUAUUUUUUUAAGGAGUUCUUUGCUAUGAAAGUAAUCAACAUUUCAAAACUGAAUGCAAAAGAUGUGGAGCAUGCCGAGACAGAAAUUCGCAACCUGAAGACUCUCUCGCAUGAGAACCUAGUGCGUUAUGUGUCAGACUUUCGCAAGGAUGGCGGGAAGAAGAUAUGUAUCGUUAUGGAGCUGUGUGACUGCACUCUGAGAAAGUACCAGGCUGAGAAGGAAUGUGGACUGACCGAACAAGAAGUGGAUAACCUGUUGCUUCAGAUCUCGCAUGGGCUUAAGGUAAGACUGUUCAAGUCUGAUGCUAUUUUAAAUCUCCCCAUUAUCAGAAACUGA